AUGGUGCACGGUGAGUUGCUUCACCACUUGCCACACGUGGAUGUCGCCAGUUCCUUCAUCCUGCUGCCCAGCAGCAUCCGCUCUGCGGGGGAGUCGGUGGCAGAUUGGUUGCAGAACCAUUGGCCACUGAACGAGCAGGCAGCAUCCGAGGCAGAUCCCGCCUCCAGCGCCCCGGUGCUGGCGGCCAAGAAGCUUAAGGCGGAGGAUGUGCAGCGCGUGGUGAAGUUCUACGCCAAGGACUGUCCACACAGCCAGGCGCUGGAGCCUAUUUGGAAGGCUGCCGAAAAGGAUUGGAAGGCCGCCAAUCAUGACGCAAAGCUCAUAUGGCAGCAGAAGGAGUGUUACACCAGCGACUGGAAGAAGGGCAAAGACUUCGAGACCUGUCAGGCUGAGGGAAUCGAGUCCUUUCCAACCAUCAAGUACUAUUACGGCAAGAAGGACCAGCUCGGCGAGGAAAUCUUGGAGCAUAGCGACAAAGAUCGGCUCCUGGACUUUGUCGAGAGCCGCGCGGAUCCGCAGGCCUGGGACCAGAAAACGGCAGCCUUUGGCCUCAGUGCGGAGCAGGAAGAUGCAGGACUUAGCGCCUCCUGGGGUGAUGGUCAAUAUAUGCAGCCCGUGAACCGCUAUGGUGGGGGCCGGUUGGUGGACUAUUUCUCUCAAGAUUGUGUGCAUUGCCAACACCUGAAGCCUGUCUGGAAAAAUGCGCAGCGGAUGUGGAAUGAAGAACACCCCGGUGCUGACAACGUGCAGUGGGAGGAAAAGGAGUGCUUUGGCAAGCGCUGGGAACCUGGAAAAGAUUACGGAGAGUGUCAAGCCCAGGGCAUUCACAGUUUCCCAACGGUGCGAUUUCAUCCCUACAAUUCCCAAGAGUUCGAAGACUUCACGGCGCAACGCACCGCCAAGAAUUUGCUGAACUUUGUUGACGAGCGCGCGGCACCGGAGGCCGCCUCCUUCGGCCACCCUGCGAAGCCAAGCCCUGCACCUCAGGCGGCCGAAACAAAAGGGGCCGAAGGAGCUGUUGAGAACCCGCCUGUGGCCAAGGCUAAGGUGGGGAAAGCGCAGGCUGAGGCUGCAGAGGUUCCUGAAAAAGUUCCGAAGGAGCCCAAGACAGCUGAGCCCAAGGCCGCAGAGGUGGCUCGUCCAGAGUCCCCGGUUGCGGAGGUCUUGAAAGCCAAGCAGGCAGACCUGAAGGCCCCAGAGCAAGCCCUCGCCCCUUGCCUCGCGGCGCUGGUGACUCCCGGGCAGUUUCGGCGCACUCGCUCGAUGCAGCCCAUGAAGGAGUUCUUGUGA